AUGUUUAAGACUUCAUAUAACUUGUACGAUUUGAACUAUCCGAAAAAUGAUUCAUUAACGCCAAUAAGAGACUACAAAAAUGACUAUUUUCAUAAAAAUGAUGACAAAUUACCAGAAAUUGUUAGAAAACCUACGAGAAAGUUAUCGAAACAUGAAAACAAACUCAACGAUAAAAAAUUCACGAAUAAACGACCAGCAAGUCUGGACUUGCAUUCUAUAGUGGAGAGCCUGAGCAAUAAAAAAAUUUACUCUCCUAUUAACACAGAGAUAUUUCAAAAUGUCGUGAGACUGAAUUUGAGCCCUCAGAUUCCCAAUUCUCCUCACGAGGGAUGCAAAUUUUAUAAAAUCGUACAGGAGUUUUACCUCUCUGAAGUGGAAUAUUACAAUAAUUUGUUAACCGCAAAUAACGUAUACAGAAAGGCAUUGAAUAGUGAUCCAAGAUUCAAGAAUAAACUUGUCAAGCUUGAUUCAAGUGACGAGCUAUUGCUUUUUGGGAACAUUGACACUAUUGCGUCAAUCAGCAAAAUACUGGUAACGGCAAUAAAAGACCUACUUUUAGCCAAGCAACGUGGGAAAAUGUUGGAUGCGAAUGAAUGGCAAAAGAUAUUCACCAAAAAUGAGGUACAACAGCAGCUAUAUUCAACUUUUGAUAUUUCAGAGGCGUUCGAGCAACAUUUGUUAAGAAUCAAAUCCACCUACACAAGCUAUUUUGUUAGCCACCAAAAACAAAUGGAACUAUUUACUACAUUAAGGAUGAAUAAGAAUCAUUUUUUUAACAAGUGGUAUGAAUAUUGUUUAAAAGAGAGUGGAUGUAUAAAGUUAGAGGACAUAUUGAAAAGCCCGAUGAAAAGACUGACUCAGUGGAUUGAUACUUUGGAAACUUUGGAAAGCUGUUACGAAGAUAUUCUUUCGCCAGAAUUGGGCUUGAAACUAAGCCCGACAAGAAGAAAAUAUUCUUUAUUUUCCAAUAAGUUAGAAACCGAGGUCUCCGAGUAUAAGAGUAAUUCCAUGUAUAAUUUCAGUUUAACCCCAUCAGAGAUUAUACAAAGUUAUGAUGAAGAUCAGUUUACACACCUUUUAAAACCCCCAGACAAACAAAAUAAAAAUAUAUGUAAUGCAUCUCGACAAGAGAGUAAUUUGGAUAAUAGUAGAGUUCCUUCUCUUCUUUCUGGAUCAUCGAGUUACUACUCAGAUGUAUCAGGGCUAGAAAUUGUCACUAAUACUUCAACUGCCUCAGCUGAGAUGAUAAAUCUAAAAAUGGAUGAAGAAACAGAAUUUUUUACAUUGGCAGAUCACAUCAGUAAAUUCAAGAAAGUAAUGAAAGGUUUGUUAGAAUUAAAAAAGAAUUUAUUGAAAAACGAUCUGUCAGGCAUUAUUGAUAUCAGUUUAAGAAGAAUAAAUGCAUGGAAAAAGGUGAUCGAGUGCGAACGCCCUUCUGGUGCAUUUUUUGCGCACGAUAACUUAAUAUCGACCAUGUGUUCUUCGUACAUAGAUAAACUGCAUGAACAAAAAAAUCAAGUAACAAUUUUGAAACUCACAGAGCUCGAAACAGAUGUGAUGAACCCACUUGAAAGAAUCAUAGCCCAUUGUACUACCGUUAAAAGCAAACUAAAAGAUUUGCAAGCUUUGAAGAAAGAUUACAUGUUAUUUUUACAAGAAAAAAAAGCAAAUGUGCGAGAUAUUAAACGUGACUUGUUGGGAAUGCAUUUCCAAAACCUGCAAAACCAGAUGAAAAGGGAAUUACCGGUCUUUAUUACUUUGAUCCACGAUACUAUCGAAUGUAUCUUGUUGAACUAUAUCAAAGUCUUCUUAAAAUAUUUGGAAAUCAUUGCUGGUGGAAAAAAAUACCUGCAAAAAGAUCUUGAAAAUAUGUCUCUUAAUGACUCUAUAGCUACCGGCCAAAUUAAAAAUCUUGAUAUUUUGCAGUGUUAUUCUAAAUCACGAUAUAUGACAAAACGCAUGGUAAGAAAAGAUUGGCCUUUCCCUGGAGACCCUAGUGGAAGCCGUGUUGUCAGAAAACUUUUCGAACUUUAA